AUGCAGUUGGGAUACUUUUACUCAUUUUUCUACUUCUACGCCUCCAUUUUCUUCCUGUGCCUUGGUCUGACUGAUUGUGCACUUGCUGGGAAUGAGACAGACCGGUUGGCUUUGCUUGAAUUCAAGGCCAGGAUAACUCAUGAGCCCCUUAGAGUUAUGAGCUCAUGGAAUGAUUCCAUGAACUUUUGCCAUUGGCAAGGUGUUACUUGUGGUCUCAGACACCAGAGAGUCACUUCACUGAAUCUCACGUCUCUGCAGCUCGCGGGCUCCAUAUCACCUCAUAUUGGAAAUUUGAGCUUUUUAAGAGAGUUGCAUCUAGAUAGCAACAGCUUCAGUCAAGAAAUUCCUUCUGAAAUUGGUCGUCUUAGCAGACUGCAGUAUCUCUAUCUCCCUAAUAAUUCACUUGGCGGUGCAAUUCCAUCAAAUUUAUCCAGAUGCUCCAACCUUAUCAAAUUUCACGUUUAUAACGACCAGCUUAUUGGAGAAAUACCUAUGGGGAUUGGCUCCCUUUCAAAGCUCAAAGUUUUUACUGUUUCUAGCAACAACCUGACAGGAACUAUCCCAGCCUCUUUUGGAAACUUGUCAUCCCUUGAUAUGCUCGCUGCAGGCGAGAAUUACUUCAGUGGGAGUAUUCCCAAUGCUCUAGGCAAACUAACGACCCUUAGGAAGCUUUUCCUGUAUAUGAACACAUUUUCUGGCACAAUCCCGCCUUCAACCUACAAUCUCUCCUCUCUGACAGAUUUAUAUUUAGCAGGCAACCCACUCUAUCCUGGUAGUCUUCCCUCCAAUUAA